AGUUCUCAAAAUUAAAUGUUUAUUCACUGAUUGUAAGUAUCGUGGAUUCGGGGAUUCUCGUUUUCUCAUCAUAUAAACUGGUUUCAAUUUAUGAUCAAAAAUAUUUCUUCUAGUAGUUAAGAAUACGUUCAUAAGAAUAACUUUAGUGAAGUGACAAUUUCUUAUAGGUUUAUCAAAAAUAAACAAGGAUUUGCUUAUUAUUUGUUCAAAAUACUAGUAGAAGGCAUUCCAACACUUCCUAUGAUGAUCCUUUAUAUAUUGAUGAUAGUUUAUUUAUCAAAUGAAGUCGCGGCCCAAGUAGAUUUUGAUUCACCAUGUUCAGAUAUAUUUCAUUAUGAAAAUCAAACAGAAUCGAAUAGAUGGUUUGGAGUUAUAUCGAUUAGAACUCUUGAAGACCUCACAGGAGUUUGGAUUACAGUGAUAUUAGAUCGUAGAGCAGAAUUAUUGGGGAACUGGUUUGGCGAAUCAUUCACCACAGAUAACAAGGAGUUCCGUAUUACUAAUCCUAAUUAUGUCCUUGAAGCAGGUCCGCCGGUAUCUGUAAGAUUUUUCGUACAAUACUCUCCAACAGAUAGAACAAUCCCUAAAUUGGAAACUAUAAGACUGAAUGGCAAAACUAUUUGUAGCCGAAAUAGUACUGAACAUAAAAACGUUCCCACAUUGCAUUUAAGUAAACCUACCCCUACUGCAAUCCAUACAUCCAAUGGGGGUAAUAGGGAAUAUUAUACCUCAAAUACUGAUAAAGUUUAUGUUUCAACAGAGAGUACUUCAUUCUCGGGAACUAGAAGGCCUUCCGUCAAUUCAAAUGAUGAUAAUUAUAACGCCAUUACGAGACCUCAAAUAACUGGAACAGGAGCAAAUAUCGACAGGAACGAUUAUAAUAGGGAACCUCAGACCCAAAAAACAGGUGGUAAUAUUCGUGAUUCAAAUAGAAAUACAUAUUCUGAUAAUUCUAAAUCAAAUCAACUAUCUACUAAGGAUGACAAUAGAGGUCACUCUAAAAAAGAAACAGAUACAAACCGUAUAAGUCAUGUUCCGUUAAAUGCAGAAGAUGAUUUUUUCCAGGGAGAUUUUCAUGUCCCCAAUGACUCAGAUAUACAGCGGUAUAAUAACAGCAAAAAACAACAACAUCAACUUGGUGUAAGUUGUGGUAGUGUAGUUGCAAGACCGAAACCGCUCAUUUCAUUUGGCCAAGAUACAACUCCAGGAGAAUGGCCAUGGCAUGCUGCCGUAUACCGUACCAAAGGAAUUCAACUAAUUUAUAUAUGCGGAGGAACGGUUAUAUCUGAAAAUCACAUUUUAACUGCGGCACAUUGUGUUACAAAAGCUCGUAGCAAAACAAGUGUUGAUCCUCAAAGUUUAUUAGUGUAUUUAGGAAAAUAUAACUUGAAAUCUUUUGGUGCCGAAACACAAGACAGAGAUGUGGAAAAUAUUCAAAUACAUCCUGAUUUCAAUUCAUCUACUUUCUACAAUGAUAUUGCUAUUCUCAAACUAUCCAGACCAAUUGAGAUAACAGACUUUGUUAGGCCUGUCUGUCUAUGGGAAGGUGAUACUAAUUUGGAAUAUUUGACAAAUAAAGAAGGAACAGUAAUAGGAUGGGGAUUCAAUGAAAAAAGAGCUCUCUCAGAAAAAUUAAUGCAAGCAAAAAUGCCCAUAGUUUCGACGAUUAAGUGUAUAUAUUCAAACAGAGAAUUUUUUUCACGUUUCACCUUUGAGAAGAAUUAUUGUGCUGGUUUUAGAAAUGGUACUUCGGUGUGCAAUGGUGACUCAGGCGGAUCAAUGGUAUUUCCAAAAAGAGGAACUAGUGGUCAAAAUACUAUUUGGCAGAUUAGAGGAUUAGUGUCUGUAGGUGUAGCAUUACAAACCGAAGGAGUGUGCGAUACGUCACAAUAUAUCAUAUUUACAGAUGUUGCUAAACACUUGUCAUGGAUACGACAGAUUAUGAAUUCUAAUAAUAAAUGAUAAUAAAUAGUGUUUUAACUUU